GACGGCGAAUCUCUUUGAGCUUCAAUUCCGGCGAUAUACAUCAUCAAAUCGGAAGUAAAAGGCGAAGCCUUUGUCAACAAUAAGCCGUGAUGCUCAUCUCCACCGUCGGCGUGGUCACCAACAGUAGUUCGUCGAGCCGACAUCAGUGGGUUCUGCAAAUCAAAUCGGAGAGAAAGGCGAUUCCAGUGGCUCCAAUCGCUUCCUCACGGUUUUAAGGAACAUUGAUCUAGUCUAUGGAGGUGGAAGCAUAGGUUUGAUGGGUUUGGUUUCACAAGCUGUUCAUGAUGGUGGUCGCCAUGUUAUUGGGUAACUCUUCAUCUAUUCACCAUUUAAGUGUCAUACUUGCUUACUCACAUAUCUUAAUAAGUCUCUCUUUUUUCUCAUCUUUGGUGUUAUUUGGCCACGGAGUUAUCUUAAUUAGGUUGCUGAUUUGAUGGCUUUUGUUGCAUCUGCUAGCUCUCCAUGGGAAGAAAAUAAAUCUAACUAUAUAGAUUCAUUUGGAAAUCAGUGUAUUUCUGUGUUCAGAACAAUUUGUCUACCAAGCACCACUGUAUUGAUUCGUGUAAGUUUCUUGCUUGUCUAUAUAUUUUUUAAAUGUUGUGAUGUUCUUUCUUGUAUAGUUUUUGUCUUUGAUGUGUUUUCCAAUGAAUCUUGUAUACUUUG